AUGAAUAGGAAUAACAUGGCUGAGCUGGACCCUUACCCCGAGCUUCCUGAUUCGCGCAGCAUUCGGGCCAUCAAGUUACAUGGCGCCACCAGCCCCAGCGACGAUAUUCGAUUCGACCUGAUCACCCUGUCUCUCGAUGCUCCGCUGCCGUAUGAGGCGAUCUCAUACACAUGGUCGGGGCAACCCCUUGACCGACCUGUCUACGCCAAUGGCAGAGAGUAUCUCGUCACUAGAAAUGCCGAGGACGUCAUGAGGAGACUACGCCCAAACAAGCCUGAGCAUUCUCGUCAUCUGUGGAUUGAUGCCAUCUGCAUUAAUCAGAAAGACGACAGAGAAAAGGCAGUGGAGGUACAGCUUAUGUAUGAGAUUUAUGCAAAUGCAGAGCGUGUCAAUAUUUGGCUUGGCCAAGGAUCACCAUCAACUGCUCUGGCCCUCAAAUGGCUGAGGUGGUACAGCUGGACAUUUUCUCCAGUCUGGAAAGCUCAGACAAAAUAUGCCGGGGGUAUCACAUCUGCGGGUUCAAUUUUCAUCAGGCUGCUUCUGUGCAUCGCCGUAAUAUGCAUGUCAUGUGUUUGCGCAUGUAUCAUGCUGCUUGUUGGGGCCGUAGUCUUGUUUCCUUUCGGGUUGCUAUCCGUCUUCAAAAGUGGGCGGUCUUCUUACUCCCCAUUUCAGCUUCUUCAACUAACACAUACUGUUCCAGGCUACAAAAAGCAGUUCCAAGAUGGCUUGGCUGACUUGGCGUCCAUGGAAUACUGGGAGAGAGCUUGGACAGUUCAAGAAGCAAACGCCAACGAAAUGUGCUUUAUUCUAUGCGGAUCGUCUGCGCCGCUUCGGCUUGAUCUAUUCUACAUGAGCCAUUAUAUGAUCCCGCCGAUAUAUAUCUUCAGCCUCCUUAACAACAGCAAACUAAAUCAACGCUAUAGCUUGCACAUACUUGACAUAUUUCACACCCAUGUACAGGCAGAGUUUGGCACCCAGGUCUUUGACGUUCUUUGUAAGACAAAAGCAACGAUAGCCAAAGAUAAGCUGUUCGCCAUAAGGGCCAUGUUUCCUGACAGUCUGGGUGCAUUGACUAUCGACUAUUCAUUAUCUGACAGCGAUACUUAUACCGAAGCCGCCCGUAUUGUUUUAGAGGAGACUCAGAACGUCGAAUUCUUUAGAUAUGCUUGCCAGCCUGGUCGAGAGGACAAUUUUCCCAGUUGGGUGCCUUCAUGGUCGGCGCUUAUCGACAUUCCAGAUUGGAUCUGUAAAUUUGCGCCAGCGACAAUAUCUCAGGAGGCUAUUAUAACAGAGGACGAUGAUACGAAUGUACUCAAGUUGAAGGGACGGCGGGUUGAUAAAGCUGCGUCUGCUAUCAGUGAGAGGUUUCCAAGUGUAACACCUUUGCAAGUCCCGUGGUCACGCUCGUUGGAUCUCAAUGUCGCGCGCGAGGCCUUCGUGGUCUUUAGGGAAUGGGUACAUGCAACUGGGGCGGCAAACAACGAGGACCCCUGCAUGCAUCGACUGGCAUGGAUGAUAUCUCAAAUGAUCAAACUGGAUGUCAAUGACGUUUUGUCUUGGUUUCAAUUGACAUGGGCCGAGGACAAUUUUGGUAUGGAGAAGCUGUGGGACUACGGACUGCAUGGGGGAGAAGUCUGCGAUUCACGAAAGUUCACCGUGAAUUUCUUGCAAAUGGUCAGUGGUAGGUCGCUUUUCGUGACGGAAGCGGGAAGAGUCGGGAUGUCAACUUUGGUAAUAUAUCCGGGAGACGAAAUUGCGCUGUUUACAGGCGAAAAGCUGCCAUACGUUAUUCGCAAAAGUCUCGACUGUCCAGACAAAUACAGGCUAGUAGCACCGUGUUGGUUAAGCGGCGCCCUCAUGGGUGAAGAGUGGCCGGGUUGGAAUGGGCAGCUGGAGGACUUGGAAGAUAUUGAACUAGUUUAA